AUGGGUUCGCAAGGACAGCAGCUCCACAUCUUCGUCUUCCCCUUGAUGGCUCCCGGGCACCUGCUACCCGCUGUGGACAUAGCCAAACUAUUUGCCGCGAAAGGAGUGAGGGUCUCCAUUAUCACCACCGCCGGCGAAGAACGGGCCAUUGAGACGUCCCUCUGCCGUUCCACCGAAGCCGGUCACCGGGUGAGGACGCUCCUCGUUGAAUGGUCCUCUUCCGCGGUUGGUCUACCCGACAACUUGUCCUCAGUCAAGACGCCGGACAUGCACAUGGACUUCCUCGUGAGCACACCCGCCCUCCGCCCCUCAUUCGAGCGACUCGUUAAGAACCACCGCCCCGCCGCCAUCGUCACCGAUAUGUUCUUUCCCUGGACGGCGGAGGUCGCCGAGGAGGUCAGAAUCCCCAGGCUGGUCUUCCAUGGGACCAGCUUCUUCUACCUCUGCAUCAAGGGGAAACUGAAUCUAGCCGCAGCCAGCCAGGAAAGCCACACGGAUAGCGGUGAUCGCUUCGUCAUCCCCGGGAUUCCUCACCGCAUAGAGCUAAGCAGAAGCCAAGUAAUUGACACGAAAAGGAUGAGACCAGACUUCCUCGACAUGUUCAUGAAAAUAAUGGAGGCUGAGGGGAGGAGCUAUGGCACGGUGGUUAACAGCUUCUACGAGCUGGAGCCCGACUACGCCGACCACUACAGGAAUGUGAUUGGAAGGAAGGCCUGGCAUAUCGGGCCAGUGUUUCUACGCAAUGAAGAUGCAGCCGACAACGCGGUCAGAGGCGGCAAGUGCGCCGUCGACCAGGCCAUUUUCUCGAGGUGGCUAGACUCUAAAGCGGCGAGCUCUGUUUUGUAUGUUUGCUUCGGGAGUUUGUCUCGGUUCAAGGUAACCCAGCUUCGAGAAAUCGCGGCGGGAUUGGAAUCUUCCGGCCACCCCUUCAUUUGGGUCGUGAAGAACUCCGGACAAGGGAACUCCUCCGGCCAGUGGCUGCCGGAGGGUUUCGAGGAGAGGGUGGCUGACUCCGGUAUGGGCAUGAUCAUCCGUGGAUGGGCUCCGCAAGUUCUUAUCCUCAACCACGUGGCCAUCGGAGGCUUUCUGACUCACUGCGGCUGGAACUCGAGCCUGGAGAGCUUCUCCGCUGGGUUGCCGGUCGUGACAUGGCCGAUGUUCGCCGACCAGUUCUGCAACGAGAGGAUGCUGGUGGACAUGUUAAAGGUCGGCGUAGAGAUCGGGGUGAAGACUUGCUCUCUGGUGGAAGAAGAAAGGGACGCGGUAAAGGCGGAGGAGAUCGCGUCGGCUAUAGGUCGCCUGAUGGGAGACAGUCCGGAAGCGGAGGAGAGGAGGAGGAGGGCGAGGGAGCUGAAAGCGGCAGCGAGGGGGGCCGUGGAAGAGGGAGGCUCGUCCUACAAGGAUCUAGCUCGCCUAAUACAAGAACUCUCGGGGCAGCAAUCCACGGCAUCUCAUGUGAGAACUUAG